AUGUAUUGCAAGUGGCACACGGAGGCAUCCACAUCAAGGCCCCAUACUGUGAUUGAUGUUCGAGACAAGGCCCAGUUCGCAAUAUGCAGCUUGGAAAACAGCAUCAAGAUUUCUAUCUCGACCAUUCCUGCCUCGACGGCAACGGGUCAAACUCCUUCAUGGAUUCCUUCAGAACUUGCUACACGCAAUUACGACAACCCGGUGUAUGUGAUCUGCCACCUUGGGUAUGAUUCACAAGUUGCCCUCAAGAAACUGAAGGAGCUAGGACUGAAUCGCAAUGGACAGAGCUUCCUCGGUGAUAUCCAAGGUGGAUUGCGCUCCUGGCGAGAACAGGUGGAUCCUGAGUGGCCAGAUUAUUAA